AAGCUCUGCUAUUGUUGUGUGUGUGUGUUGAAAUUGCGGAAAUGUAACCGAAAACUUGGUUUGUGACCCAGUUGUUGGAUGAACGGCAGUUUAGAACGGUUUUCGAAACGACCAACAGCCCGACUCCUUCAGCGGGCCUCCCAGGGCCCUCCUCCGCCCUCUCUUCAGGCGGCAAUGAAUAGGGGGUAGUAGCAGUACGCCGCUGACUUCAAACCGAGGGAGACGGAGCCCUCCCGCUGGAGCGAGCCCCGGCUUCUGCCCAAAAGUCCGGCCCUGACGGCGCCGCUGCGGUCCUUCGGGCGAGGCUGGCGGGCGCACGUGCGUUGCAGCGGCCGGCCGCUCAGGGGCCGCCAGGAGAGAGACCUUCUCCGGCGAGGCGAGGCGUGGAAAGGACGCGCAGGAGCCUCUGUGGCGCGGCUCGCCUUCCGCUUCAACACCCGCAGCAGGUUGUGGAGUUUCAAAACAGAGAAGCGAUUGCACUGCACUGCGAAGAGAGCCACGAUACUGACACCAAGAAAAGGGAGAAUCCCCUGUCCCGGAUACCCAUGAGAAAGAUUCAUUUCCCAGGAGUCACGGAAACAUCGACCCUGAGCAUGGUGGCCCCUUUCUCCCCCCCUCACCUGGCGUGAUCGCUCCCCCCACCCAUUUAUUUUAUUUUUAAGAAGCUGAAUACACAGCUGCUUAUUUCCCCCUUAACUGCUGGGCACUGUUGUCGUUGAGAAGGCAAGGCUGAUUGGAUUCCGGAGGUCCUUCUCUACAACCCAGCUGGCCACUUUGGUUAUAAAGUCUGCAGAAAGCACUUUGACAGCAGCAGCGGCUGAACCAGCUGGUUCCUCUUUGCACCAUGUUUUGGAACGUAUUCCUCCUUUUGCUGACAAUCUCCGGUGUACCAGCAAGAGUACUGGGAUCCCAGAACAGCAUCACUGCAGUGCUUGGCAAAGAUGUGGUCCUCCCCUGUUUCUACCAAGCCGCGGAGGGUGGAACGGUGCUGCAGGUCACGUGGUUGAAGCGCGGAGAGGACGGGCAGGGCGUGGAGUUAGCGGUGUUGAAUUUGGAGCACGGGUCACAUGUACAGAACCCCUACACAGGACGAGUGUUGUGGCAGUCACAAGGAUCCCUGGAAGAUGGCUCCAUCCUGUUGAAGAACGCGGUGCAGGCCGACGAGGGAACCUAUGAGUGCCACCUCAUUACCUUCCCUCUGGGCAAUUUUGAGUCCAGCCUUACCCUCAAGGUUCUAGUGCCCCCGUUACCCACCCUGAACCUUGGCCCCCCACUGGAGGAAGGGCAGGGCCGGACUCUGGCUGCUUCGUGCACUGCAGAAGGGAACCCUGUGCCCACGGUGACCUGGGAGACAGAAGUGCGUGGCACGGCCAGCAGCCGCGAGUCCUCACAUCCUCGUUCGGCAUCUGUCACCAGCGAGUACUACGUGGUGCCUGGCCGGAGCAUGCACGGCAAACUCUUGACCUGCAUCGUCUCCCACCCGGGGCUGCAGCACAAGAAGAGGAUCACGCACACACUCAACGUGGCGUAUCUCUCUGAUGCCUCGGUCCUGGGCCACGAGGCGGAGGGGGAUUGGGUUGCAGGAAAGGAGGGGGCUUACCUGAAGUGCCUCGGAGAUGGGAACCCUCCGCCUACCUACAACUGGACUCGGCUGAAUGACCCCCUUCCUGGUGGAGUGAAGAUCAAGGGGGACGUCCUGCUCUUCCAGAGGCCCCUCAGCUCUGAAGAUGGAGGCGUCUACGUUUGCCAAGUGGCCAAUGGCUUUGCAACGAAAGAGGCCGAGGCCACCAUCAGCAUCAAAGGCAACCGGGCCAAGGAAGUGGACGUGGUCUCCAUCUCCAUGAUAGGGGCAGGCCUCAUCAGUGUGGUGCUGCUUGGCCUGCUGGUGCUGGUGGUCAUCCUUAUGGCCUGCUACCACAAGCGGAAGACCAAACGCAUCACCGAGAAGUAUGAAGAGGAGCUGACCUUGACCCGGGAGAAUUCCAUCCGGCGCCUCCACUCAAGCCACAGCACCGACACCCGGAACCAGACCGAAGAAAAUCUUCCCUUGAGGUUAGAGAGCCGGCAAGGCAGUUACCGCGGUGACAGCCUUUGCCGGGACAGCCUGCGAGCGGACAGCCUGUGCCGGGACAGCCGGCAGGGCAGCUUCCGGGCAGACAGCCUCCGCGAAACCAGCCUCUGCUCAGUCAUGGGCGAGGACGCUGACGGACGCAGCUACUCCACCUUGUCGACGGUGCGGGAAAUCGAGACCCAGACAGAGCUGCCGCUGCCACCCCCACUCCCCACUCCUGUCGAGGAGAACCAGACAGAGAGGGAAGAGGAGGAGGAGGAGGAGGAGCAGCAAGAUGGCGAGAACAACAUCAAGCAAGCCAUGACCCACUUUGUCCAAGAGAACGGCACCCUCCGGGCCAAGCCCACCACCAACGGCAUUUACAUCAAUGGCCGGGGACACCUGGUGUGA